AUGAGAGCACCCUACUCGCUAUCCUGCCUCGUCCUGCUCAGCCUGGGGGCCUGCUGCCCGCCCCACGAGCACCACGAGCAUCCCCGGCACCCUGGGGAUGGGCUGGAGCCGCGCUGGCGAGGAGCGGUGGCUGAGGCCGGGGGUCCCUGCAGGUGGGCGGCCCCGAUGCGGCGACGAAGCGAGGAGCUGGGCACACUGCUGGGCAUCGCCCGGGCGCUGCGGGGCUACGGGCAGCAGCACGGCGGGGGCUCUCGGGGGCGGCAGGAGGGCUCGGAGAAGCGCGGCGGCGGCGGCACGCUGGGGGACCUGGCCGAGGAGCUCAACGGCUACAGCAGGAAGAAAGGCGGCUUCGCCUUCCGCUUCGGGAGGUGA